AUGGCCAUGUCCUGCCGGUACGCGGCGCGCACCUGCGCCCGCCAAUUGCGCUCUGCCAGCGCCCUGCGAGCACCUACACAGACGUUACGCCUGGGUGCCACAUCGAGACGGUACAACUCGACAGAAGCUGCCGCGACGGCGCCUACGGACCCGAAGAUUGCCGAGAUUGUCGACCAGAUUAGCAAGCUGACGCUGCUCGAGACGGCCGACCUUGUCUCCAGCCUCAAGACCAAGCUCAAAAUCCCCGAUCUCCCUAUGGGCGGCUUCGCUGCCGCUCCCGCUGCUGCCCCCGCUGCCGAAGAAGCCGAGGAGGCUGCCCCUGCCGCCGCCGAAAAGACCCUCUUCAUGCUCCAUCUGCAAGCAUUUGAGACUGCCUCCAAGGCCAAGGUCAUCAAGGAGGUCAAGAGCAUGCUCGGCCUGAGCUUGGUCGAGUCCAAGAAGUUUGUCGAGAGCGCGCCCAAGAUGAUGAAGGAGAACGUCCCCAAGGAGGAUGCCGAGAAGAUCAUCGCCACCAUGAAGGAGCUCGGCGCCACGGAUAUGAAGGGCCUGCGAUGCCCAUCCUGGCGGUAG